CGCGACUUUUUCCUGCCGACUUCCAGCCACCCAGAAACACUAGAUCACUUAAACUUGGAAACAAUCCCGCCCCGCUUGGCGUGGCUGAGCUAAGGGUUUUCUCUGCUGCGGAGAUUACUCCGCCCCUCCCGGAUCGCGCAGCCCUUGGACACCCUCCCGGUGCUCCUGAGGCCAGCUCCUCUCCCCGGAUCCCCUGCUGGUUCUUUCUUCAAGGUUCGGUAGGGUGCACGUCACCAACACCAGUUUCGAGCAGAGGAAACUGAGGCUCGGAGAGGCUCUCCCAAGGUCGUGUAGCUUGUGGGGGUAACUAGCAGCCCAGCAUCGCCCUGUUACUGGAAUUUAUCACAGCUCUCCCCGGUUUGAUCUUCCCCCUGGCCUGCCUCCGGGAGCUAAGACCGCAGAGAGGCCCACCAUGGUUGUCCCAGGACCCCUGGCUUUGUCGCUGUUGUUGCCCAGCCUGACCCUGUUGGUGACCCACCUGUCCAGCUCCCAGGACAUCUCUAGCGAGUCCAGCAGUGAGCAGCAGCUGUGCACCCAGAGGGAGCACCCCAUCGUGGCCUUUGAAGAUCUGAAGCCAUGGGUCUCCAACUUCACCUACCCCGGGGUCCAGGAUUUCUCUCAGCUUGCUCUUGAUCCUCCCAGGAACCAGCUCAUCGUGGGAGCUAGGAACUACCUCUUCAGACUCAGCCUCGCCAACGUCUCCCUGCUUCAGGCUACAGAGUGGGCCUCCACUGAGGACACACGCCGCUCCUGCCAGAGCAAAGGGAAGACUGAGGAGGAGUGUCAGAACUAUGUGCGAGUCCUGAUUGUUUCCGGCCGGAAGGUGUUCAUGUGUGGCACCAAUGCCUUUUCCCCAGUGUGUUCCAGCAGACAGGUGGGGAACCUCAGCCGGACUAUCGAGAAGAUCAACGGUGUGGCCCGCUGCCCCUAUGACCCACGCCACAACUCCACAGCUGUCAUCUCCUCCCAGGGCGAGCUCUAUGCGGCCACGGUCAUCGACUUCUCAGGUCGGGACCCAGCCAUCUACCGCAGCCUGGGCAGUGGGCCACCACUUCGCACUGCCCAGUACAACUCCAAAUGGCUCAAUGAGCCAAAUUUUGUGGCAGCCUUUGACAUCGGGCUGUUUGCGUAUUUCUUCCUCCGGGAGAAUGCCGUAGAACACGAUUGUGGGCGCACCGUAUACUCUCGGGUGGCCCGGGUGUGCAAGAACGACGUAGGGGGCCGUUUCCUGCUGGAGGACACGUGGACCACAUUCAUGAAGGCCCGGCUCAACUGCUCCCGCCCAGGAGAGGUCCCCUUCUACUAUAACGAGCUGCAGAGCGCCUUCCAUCUGCCCGAACAGGACCUCAUCUAUGGCGUCUUCACCACUAACGUAAACAGCAUCGCAGCUUCUGCCGUCUGCGCCUUCAACCUCAGUGCCAUCUCCAGGGCUUUCAACGGCCCGUUUCGUUACCAGGAGAACCCCAGGGCUACCUGGCUUCCUAUUGCCAACCCCAUCCCCAAUUUCCAGUGUGGUACCCUCCCGGAGACUGGGCCCAACGAGAACCUCACGGAGCGCAGCCUGCAGGAUGCGCAGCGGCUCUUCCUGAUGAGCGAAGCCGUGCAGCCCGUGACACCGGAGCCCUGUGUCACCCAGGACAGCGUCCGCUUCUCACAUCUAGUGGUGGACCUUGUACAAGCCAAGGACACGCUCUACCAUGUACUCUACAUAGGCACGGAGUCAGGCACCAUCCUGAAAGCGCUGUCCACCGCCAGCCGCAGUCUGCGUGGCUGCUACCUGGAGGAGCUGCACGUGCUGCCCCCGGGGCGCCUUGAACCUCUGCGGAGCCUGCGCAUCUUGCACAGCGCGCGUGCGCUCUUCGUGGGAUUGAGCGACCAGGUGCUGCGGGUCCCGCUGGAGAGGUGCUCGGCCUACCGUAGCCAAAGGGCAUGCCUGGAAGCGCGGGACCCCUACUGCGGCUGGGACGGGAAACGCCAGCAUUGCAGCACGCUCGAGGACAGUUCCAACAUGAGCCUCUGGAUCCAGAACAUCACAGCCUGUCCUGUACGGAAUGUGACACGGGAUGGGGGCUUCGGCCCGUGGUCACCAUGGAAACCGUGCGAGCACUUAGACGGAGACAACUCGGGUUCUUGCCUGUGCCGGGCCAGAUCCUGUGACUCGCCAAGGCCUCGCUGUGGGGGCCUCGAAUGCCUGGGGCCAUCCAUCCAUAUCGCCAAUUGUUCCAGGAAUGGGGCGUGGACCGCCUGGUCAUCGUGGGCACAGUGCAGCACUUCCUGUGGGAUCGGCUUCCAGGUCCGUCAGCGAAGCUGCAGCAACCCGGCGCCCCGCCACGGGGGUCGCAUCUGCGUGGGCAAGAGCCGGGAGGAGCGGUUCUGUAACGAAAACACGCCCUGCCCGGUGCCCAUCUUCUGGGCCUCCUGGGGCUCGUGGAGCAAGUGCAGCAGCAACUGCGGAGGCGGCGUGCAGUCGCGCCGUCGGUCCUGCGAGAACGGCAACACGUGCCCGGGCUGCGGCGUGGAGUUCAAGACGUGCAACCCGGAGGCCUGCCCGGAAGUGCGACGCAACACGCCCUGGACGCCCUGGCUGCCCGUGAACGUGACCCAGGGUGGCGCGCGCCAGGAGCAGCGUUUCCGCUUCACCUGCCGAGCGCCGCUGCCGGACCCGCACGGUCUGCAGUUCGGCAAGAGGAGGACGGAGACCCGGACUUGCCCGGCGGAUGGCACCGGAGCCUGUGACACCGACGCCCUGGUGGAGGAUCUCCUGCGCAGCGGGAACACCUCCCCGCACUCUCUCAGCGGAGGCUGGGCCGCCUGGGGCGCGUGGUCCUCCUGCUCCCGGGACUGCGAGCUGGGCUUCCGGGUCCGCAAGAGAACCUGUACCAACCCGGAGCCCCGCAACGGGGGGCUGCCCUGCGUGGGAGAGGCCGUGGAGUACCAAGACUGCAACCAGCAGGCUUGCCCGGUGCGGGGUGCCUGGUCCUGCUGGACCGCGUGGUCCCAGUGCUCAGCAUCCUGCGGUGGCGGCCACUCUCAGCGCACCCGUUCCUGCACCAGCCCUGCGCCAUCCCCGGGUGAGGACGUCUGCCUCGGACUGCACACGGAGGAGGCGCUGUGCUCUACGCAGCCCUGCCCAGAAGGCUGGUCGCUGUGGUCUGAGUGGGGUGUCUGCACUGAGGAGGGGGCCCAGAGCCGGAGCCGGAGCUGUGAGGAGCUUGUCCCAGGGCCAGGUACCUGUGCUGGCAACAGCAGCCAGAGCAGGCCUUGUCCCUACAAUGAGAUUCCUGUCAUCUUGCCUGCUUCCAGUGUGGAGGAGACCACCACCAGCUGUGGAGGGUUCAGCCUCAUCCACUUGGUAGUCACUGGCGUGUCCUGCUUCCUGGGCUCUGGGCUCUUGACCUUGGCCGUGUACCUGUCUUGCCAGCGCUGCCAGCGUCAAUCUCAGGAAUCCACUCUCGUCCAUCCGGCCACCCCUAACCAUUUGCACUACAAGGGAGGGGGUACUCCCAAAAAUGAGAAGUAUACCCCCAUGGAAUUCAAGACACUGAACAAGAACAACCUGAUCCCCGACGACAGAGCCAACUUCUACCCCCUGCAGCAGACCAAUGUGUAUACCACCACCUACUACCCCAGCCCGCUGAACAAGCCCAGCUUCCGGCCCGAGGCCUCACCUGGACAGCGCUGUUUCCCCAACAGCUGAUCCCACCCUCCUGGGACUUGGGCUCUUUGCCUUCUCAAGGCACAGAACAGUGGAAUGGGACAUUAGAGCCGCUUUGGUUUUCCCCUCUGCACUGGGCCGAGAACUUGCUGCCUGGCCUGUGGGGGUCCCACCUGGCUUCAGAAAGCUCUGGCUGUCACUGACCAUGGGAGAGAGGGCUGGCUUCAGACUGGCACAUGGCUACAGAACCAGCUCAGCCCACCAUCACUUCCCCCCGCUAUGUCGGAGCCGCAGACCUACUGGGCAUGUGAAGAAAUUGGAGCGUAGAGAUGGCAAGAGAGUGGGCUCUUAGGUUUGGGUUGGAAAUGACUUCCAACAGCCACCACCAGCUAAGUCUGCCCGUUUUUAAUGACAUCCCCCCCCCCCCCCGCCCAAAGGCCUGGGCUACAUCCCAGCUUGUGGAUGAAAGAAAUUCGUCAAAUGUCCCAUCAAAUGUCCCAGCAGCUUGAGGUUUUAACCCAGGGCUGGACCUCUCUGGUGCUGCUCUUUCAGGGUAGCAGAGGACCAGUGCUGGCCUCCAUUGACCACCUCUGUCAGACAGUCUGUAUCUUGACCAAGGGCAUCCCUCUGGUUAGGGGCAGUGAGGGCUGAGAACUGGAGGAGGCUGGACCGUGCUGAGAGGCCCUUUAACCUGACUCGGCACAGGCCGGCCUUAGCCUUGCCUUCAGAACGCACGCAAAGUGGCCCAGGAGAAAGGAAGACUUGAGACCAUAGGAGGCAGAGUGUGGCCUCCGUGCCUAUGGAGACUGCUGCUCUAGAGUCGUUGGCUGAGGACUGCUUGGGAGUCUCUGCUAGCCCCUCAUGUGUUCAGGAACGCACACACGCACACACCCAGGCACACACAUACACACAUACCAUCUGCCAGAGCGACAGAAAGGAUGUUAAGCUGUGGCAUUAUUAAUUAAAGAUGAGAUCCAGUCUCCAAAUGGAACUGUCUUUGUGCAUAUGUGUGUGGGCCCCCUUGGCAUGGUGCAGCCCAUCAGUGCAGUGCUCUGAGGUAACAGAUGGUUUCUCAAGAUGGAGGAAACAACCUUCGUGGAGUUUGACUUGAGUAGUGGCUAUCUUCCUGUGUGUGGGUUCAUGUGCACACACACACACACACACACACACACACACACACACACACACACACAUUCUUCUUUCAGAAAAGGAGCUGGAGGUAAACACAAUUUGCCGGCAGUAGGACACAAAGCACAGCAAAGGCAACAGCCAGGAGCGAUGUGGGUCUGCCCUGAGCAGCUCCCGCCUGGAGAUGGGGAAUAGCAUUGAUGAGGAUAAUUCCUGAGAUACGUUCGAAGCUGAGUUUAGCAAAAACCAAAUUGAGAAAUGAUGCCUGUGAGAGAGGAAACCUAAAUGGAGUUUGUGCUGGAUUAAAUAAAAAUCACCUCAGAGCCUCGGCCCUCCAAAUCAAUGUGGCCAUUGUGGAUACGAUUGAUGGACGUGUUAAACAUAGGGAACAAUUUCCUGGCUUAAUUGGAUAGAUCAAUUCUCAUAAGAUUCUCUGCAAAAUGGAAGGCAAGUAGGCUAAAAGCCCGAACUCUCUGAGGCAAAGGGGUAGAUGGCCUCGGGAAACAGGAAGAAAUACUUGAAGCCUGGAGUUGUCUGGAAGAAAGGAGGGGCGGAGCCUUACUAGAAAUUUGAUGCUCGUAUGAGAUAGCUCCAUUGGGCCAAGGGGAAUUAGACUAUUUGUGGCUUCUGAACCUCUGUGUGGUUCUCAUCAGGCCCAAGAGCCUAGAGCCUGUGGGUACCCGGGAGGCAUUUUAGAGCUUAGCGUUUCAAUUGCCUUGAGCACAAUAACUAAUGAAAACUGAAGUGUUCUUGGGCCAGUGCAUCUGUCUCAAAGUAUCCCUCAUGUGUGUGGCCAUGGUAGGGGAUAAAAAUGUAUGGGUAGAUAAAGUAUACCUCUGUUGAUUGGAAUGACAUCACUGGGAAGAUAAAGCCUUGGGUACAUUAACAUGCACACCUGAAUUCUCUUAGAAGAAUGUGGUUUCGCCAGGCGGGGUGGUGAACACCUAUAAUCCCAGCACUCAAGGAUCUCUGUGAGUUCAAGGCCAGCCUGGUCCACAAAGUGAAUCCAGGGCAGCCAGAGCUACACAGAGAAAUGACGUCUUGGAAAAAAAUAGAGGAAGAAGAAGAGGAAGAAAAAGAAGGUAGUUUUGGAGGUUAACCUCAAAAUGCCUGGGAGGCAUCAUACUGCAUGCAGAGGAGCUGACAUGCUUGCAAAGUCUGUUUAACAAAUGCCCCCAGCCCAGAGCAAAGGACACCCUGACCAGGAUGUCAAAGGAGAGCGGGCUUUCUCCACCCAGCUGGCUCUGAGAGUGAGGAAGAGGCAGGGGCAGGCGCUUCCGGUCCUCUCUGGCACUUUGAUGUUUCCCUCUGUGUGUAAACCCACCGCCUUAAAGCAAUUCAUAUUCACUGCAGAAAAUUUCAAGGCUACGGGAGACCCAAAGAUCUUACAACGAUAAUACUAAAAACCAAGACAGAGAUAUGAGGAGUCUAGCAUGUGGUGUGAAGAUAAUUCUUCCCCGGUCUCUCAGAAUCACACACCCCCUCAAAAGCAAAGGGAAUAAAAAAACAAAAGCUCUGACACCAUUUUCAAUAAAACAAGGAUGUAGUUCUAAUCCCAACUCAUAA